CUCUUCACGUUAUCCCUUAUUGCUUUUAUAAUCAUUUUGUAUUGUACGUUUUGUACAAUGUACUUAAUUUUUUAUUGACUUUUUUUCCUCUUCUUAUCUGUUUAUUUGCAGAGGGUCGCGUGGAGGUCUCACGCGAAGGCAAAUACCUGUCGACACUAUCCGGCGCAAAGGUUUUGGGUGAAUUGGCCAUAUUAUAUAACUGCCAGCGUACAGCGACCAUUACUGCUAUAACGGAAUGCAAAUUAUGGGCCAUAGAACGACAAUGCUUCCAAACGAUAAUGAUGCGUACUGGCCUCAUACGGCAAGCGCAGUAUACAGAUUUUCUCAAGAGCGUUCCCAUCUUCAAGAACCUCCCCGAGGAUACACUCAUCAAAAUUUCAGAUGUGCUCGAAGAGACCCACUACCAAAUGGGUGAUUAUAUUGUGCGUCAAGGCGCACGCGGUGAUACCUUCUUUAUCAUAUCGAAGGGACAAGUGCGUGUGACGAUCAAACAGCCCGACACGCAAGAGGAGAAAUUCAUACGUACGCUCAUCAAGGGUGAUUUCUUCGGUGAGAAGGCGUUGCAGGGCGAUGACUUGCGUACAGCAAAUAUUAUAUGUGAUUCAGCCGAUGGCGUUACUUGCCUGGUGAUCGAUCGAGAGACGUUCAACCAACUCAUUUCGAAUUUAGAUGAAAUUAAGCAUCGUUACGAUGAUGAAUGCAUAGUAGAGCGUAAAAAAAUUAAUGAGGAAUUCGAUAAUGUGAAACUGACCGACUUGCGUAUCAUCGCCACACUUGGUGUUGGUGGUUUCGGUCGUGUCGAACUGGUGCAAAUUAACGGUGAUAAUAGCCGCUCGUUUGCGCUGAAACAAAUGAAGAAGUCACAAAUUGUCGAGACACGCCAACAGCAGCACAUUAUGUCCGAAAAGGAAAUUAUGGGCGAGGCGAAUUGUCAAUUCGUUGUGAAAUUGUUCAAAACAUUUAAGGAUCGCAAAUAUUUGUAUAUGCUGAUGGAAAGUUGUCUAGGCGGCGAGUUGUGGACAAUAUUACGCGAUCGUUGUAAAUUCGAUGAUGCCACCACACGCUUCUACACCGCCUGCGUGGUGGAGGCUUUCCAAUAUCUGCACUCACGCAACAUUAUCUAUCGUGAUUUGAAGCCGGAAAAUCUGUUGCUCGACGAGAAGGGCUAUGUUAAGUUGGUGGAUUUUGGUUUUGCUAAGAAAUUACAAUCGGGCCGCAAGACGUGGACCUUCUGCGGUACGCCAGAGUAUGUAGCGCCUGAGGUGAUAUUGAAUCGGGGACAUGAUAUUAGCGCCGACUAUUGGUCGCUGGGUGUGCUGAUGUUUGAGCUGCUAACGGGCACGCCACCAUUCACCGGUUCGGAUCCAAUGCGUACGUACAACAUUAUCUUGAAGGGUAUUGAUGCCAUCGAAUUUCCGCGCGAUAUUACACGCAACGCCAGCAACCUAAUUAAGAAACUGUGCCGCGAUAAUCCAGCUGAGCGUUUGGGCUAUCAGCGUGGUGGCAUCAGUGAAAUACAGAAGCAUCGGUAAGUGGUGAUGUUGGCUGCAAAUUUUUUUGAUAUUUUCUUUUUUUUUUAUUAUUGCUGAUUCCAUGAACGUAUUGGGUC